UUUCUGCUCACUGCUCAGUUGUGAUUUUCUCCCUGGAGGGGGAAUCUCUUAAUUUUUUUCCUGCUCGGCAGCACGGGGCGAGGAUGGAUGCUGGAUCAGCCGGGUUGCUUGUUGUCCUUCUCCUCCUCUCCACCCUGUGGUUCCUGGUCUGGAGAAGCGAUAAGAAGAGAAGCCAGCUGCCUCUGGGACCGGCCCCGUGGCCCAUUCUGGGCAACCUAUGCCAAAAGGACAUCCUGCCCCUCUACAGGACCUACGAGAAGCUGAGCAGCACAUACGGCCCCAUCUUCACCGUCUGGCUGGGGCUGAAGCCGGUGGUGGUGCUCUGUGGGUACAAGGUGGUGAAGGAUGCUCUGGUGGGCCACUCCGAGGAGUUUGGAGGGAGACCUGAGAUACCCCUCCUGGUGCAGCUAUCGAAAGACUACGGUUUUGUCUCUAACAAUGAGGAGAAGUGGCGGGAGCUGCGGAGGUUCACACUCAGCACCCUGCGGGACUUCGGGAUGGGGAAGAGCUCCAUGUCGCAGCGGGUGCAGCAGGAGGCCCAGCACCUGGUGGAGCUGCUCGCAAAACUCAAAGGAAAUGCCUUCGAGCCAAUGACCAUGUUCAGACAUGCAGUUGCCAACGUGAUCUGCUCCGUUGUCUUCGGGAGCCGUUACAGCUACAGCGACACGGCCUUUCUGGAGCUACUGAACGUGAUCGGGAAUUACAUCAGCUUCUUCCUCUCCCCCAUAGCCGUGGUCUACAACACCUUCCCCAACAUCAUGCACCAUCUCCCGGGGCCACACAAGAAAGCCUUGGCCGAGUGCGAGAAGCUGAAGAACUACAUCCGAGAAAGAAUCGAGCUUCACAAGCUGACACUGGAUCCCAGCUGCCCCCGGGACUACAUCGACUGUUUCCUUAUGAAGGCAGAGAAGGAGAAGAACAGCCCGGAGAACAUGUACAGCAACGAAGACUUGGUUAUGUCAGUAUUCAACCUCUUUGGUGCGGGGACAGUGACCACUAGCAACACCCUGCUCUUCUUCCUCUUGAUCCUGGCAAAACACCCCCAUAUUCAAGCCAAGGUCCAAGAGGAGAUCGAUGCGGUGGUGGGCACCGGCCGUGCUCCCAGCAUGGACGACAAGCUGAGGAUGCCGUACACCAACGCGGUGAUCCACGAGCUGCAGCGCGUCCACAAGACCCGCAUUGAGAACUUCCCGCGGAUGACGACACGAGACAUUGUGUUCAGGGGCCACACCAUCCCCAAGGACACAGCUGUUAUUCCGGUACUUUCUUCCGUGCAUACGGAUCCAACUCAGUGGGAGAACCCCAAAGAAGUCAACCCAGGCCACUUCUUGGAUGAGAAGGGCGAGUUCAGGAAGCGUGAAGCCUUCAUGGCUUUCUCGGCAGGGAAGCGUAUGUGCCCAGGAGAAGCACUGGCUCGCAUCGAGCUCUUCCUUUUCCUCACCACGCUGCUGCAGAGCUUCACCUUCCAGCUCGCUAUCGAGUACAAGGAGACGGAUUUAUUAUCCCUAUGGCUCGAGAUAGAGAGGAGGGCGAUACCGGGCAAGUUCUUUGCUAUUCGGCGCCCGGUGUCAUCUUAAGCAGAGAGCAGUGGGGAGGAAGAAGGGGUCUUCCAGGUGCCUUAACUUCUUCCAAAAUCAGAGCAAGUCAUGAAACCAUGAGCACUACAGCAGCAACCACCAAGCAGGAGGAUCGCUUCAAGCUUCUCCUGGGAGAUGUGCCACGCAGCUCUGCCACCAGCUCCAUGGGCAUCCUGGCUCCCAACCCUUCCCCUCCACAUCCCAGUAACACAAGGAAGACAGCACUGGUUUUCUUCCCCCCAUAUCUAUUGGCUCUGGUUGAACCUCUAGCUCCUUGUGGCCGGGCUGCCUGUGGCUCCCCGGGCUCAGCUGGGUGCUCUCUCAUUUUGGUGAGAGGCUCUGCAAUAAAAAUAACUAUCAUAACUGGAUGCUGGUGUUUAUAAGGACACUUGCGGUGCCUCCUGAUGUAAGGGUGAUGAUGCUCAGGCUUCCUUGCCCUUCACAGGUGGCGUGUGAGCCAGCCGUGACAACCAAGGUGACCGGUUGGGGGUACUUACUACUUCUGUUUCCCUGCUUUGCCUGCUCUCUGUACCCUCCCGCAUUACGCAAAGUCCAUGACGCUGCAAAUUGCGCCCGCUCUCAUCCCUACGUCCUAGUGCACAGGGAUGAAACCCUUGUGAACACCCUUUAGGCCAUCAAAACAUUAAAAAAUGAUGCACAAGGGGGAAAUGUGCUCCAGGAGAGGGCUGCCGUGCUUGGGAAGCAAGAAGUAUUUUGCCACCAAAGUCACUGCUUCCUUCUCAUGGUGCUCAAUACGUCUUCUGUGCUUGCGCUGCCUUAACCACCCCUGCACGAAGAGGGAAUUACUUGCUAGCCCCCAGGCAUGCUCCAGCUUUUAUUCCAAAACAUUGGGACUUUAAAGAAAAGGGUUUUUUCUUUAAAUGCCUGUGCAAGGGAAAAAUGACCUGGAUACAUGCCCACCCUGCCCAGCCUCAGCGAUGGCCUGGGCUCCUCCUUCCACCGGUGGGCAGCUGAAUGUGUCUCCAGGCCUUGGAAAACCAGUAUGUGUCCCACUGUGUCCAGUUCUUCCCAGUGCAAACCUCCCAGAUAGAGGACUUCAGCUCCAUGUUUGUUCCCAGGGUGUCUUCGUCCUUCCCAGGUUUCUGUGUGUCCCAGGACAGAUUGAGCCAGGAAAACAUUCAGUUUGUUUUAGCUGAUUUGCCUCCGUGGCUUUAAUCUUCAAAUGAAUCUUAUGCAUC